UAUGUGUGUGUAUAUAUAUAUAUAUAUAUAUAUGUUGUAGUGAUGUACAGGUAGAGCAAGAAAAGGGGAAUCUGAACUAGCCAAUCAAUACAAGCUCUGGAUGAUAAGAGUCACCAUCAAGCCCACCAAAUGCAACAAAUUAUGAAGCUGAAGCUCUUCCCUGUUGCCGCCAUUUCCGGCAGGAUUUCGACAGCUUUAAUACACUUACAGUUUUAACCUAACGGACUAUCAAAACGUCGUCGUCUUCCAGGCAUUGUUGAUAGGGAUAUUUUGUCCUCUUUGCUGCUGCUGUUGUCUGCGAUCACAUUGUUAAACUUGAGAUUGGCUUUUUGAAUAUCUUCUGGUCUUCAUUCAUGGCUACUUGGACAUCCUCCUAUUUCCGGCCACCGGAUAUUCUGAGAUCGUCGAAUGCAAAAGUGGUCGACGAAAGGAUCGGGUGGUGUCCUGGUGAUAAAUGUAUUUCGAGUUUCUCACAUUCGAGAUGUUCGUCAAGCUCCCACGCCGUCAAUCAGUCUCAUAGCAGGGAUCCUUUUCUACACCUACAACCCGAAAUCCCGACGCUUAGAAGCGAAGCCAAUUCAAGUUCGACUCCAGUGAGCUCGAGAGAUUCGUUGAGCUCAGACGGCAGUAAUGAAGCGAAGAUCAAGGUCGUCGGGGUCGGAGGCGGCGGCUCGAACGCAGUUAACCGAAUGAUUGAAAGUGAAAUGAAAGGAGUUGAGUUCUGGAUAGUUAACACUGAUGUCCAAGCCAUGAAGAUGUCGCCUGUCUUCCCUGAUUAUCGCUUGCAGAUCGGGCAAGAACUGACCAGAGGGCUCGGUGCCGGUGGGAAUCCCGACAUCGGGAUGAAUGCUGCUAAUGAGAGCAAAGAAGCUAUUAAGGAUGCAGUUUAUGGAGCCGACAUGGUUUUCGUCACUGCUGGAAUGGGCGGGGGGACGGGGACUGGCGCAGCUCCGAUAAUAGCCGGGAUAGCGAAAGCAAUGGGUAUUCUGACCGUCGGGAUAGUCACGACACCAUUCUCUUUCGAGGGUCGGAGAAGAGCGAUUCAAGCUCAAGAAGGGAUUGCAUCUUUAAGAGAAAAUGUCGACACUCUUAUAGUGAUUCCCAACGACAAGCUGUUGACGGCAGUUUCGCCAUCGACGCCGGUGACAGAAGCGUUCAAUCUUGCCGAUGAUAUUCUUCGACAAGGUGUUCGCGGUAUCUCUGAUAUAAUCACGAUCCCGGGGCUGGUAAACGUUGAUUUUGCCGAUGUGAGGGCUAUUAUGGCUAACGCCGGAUCUUCGCUGAUGGGAAUCGGAACUGCCACAGGAAAAACCCGUGCGAAAGAUGCUGCCUUGAAUGCGAUUCAAUCCCCUCUACUUGAUAUCGGCAUAGAUCGCGCCACCGGGAUCGUUUGGAACAUCACAGGCGGAAGUGAUCUUACAUUGUUUGAGGUGAAUGCUGCAGCUGAGGUUAUAUACGAUCUGGUCGAUCCAAGCGCCAACUUAAUCUUUGGCGCUGUGGUCGAUCCUUCUCUGAGCGGUCAAGUCAGCAUUACACUGAUCGCCACGGGAUUCAAACGACAAGUGGAUAGCGAAAAAAGACAUUUCCAGGCGAAUCAGGGCGAUUCAUAUAUCAGUUUGAGUAGACGAUCUUCGUUCUUUCUAGAAGGCGGGGCAGUCGAGAUCCCGGAAUUCUUGAAGAAGAAAGGACGGUCCCGAUACCCGAGAGCUUAAUCCUCUUCUUCGGUACGUCCGAAAGCAUAUAUAUAGUCUUUUACAUAUUUCUUCUUAGUUUGCUAUAUAAGUAUGGCUUGUGAAUCCUCUCUUGGCGUUGAGACUUAGAUCAGUUUGGACAAACACUCCUUAGUAUCCAUCCACACUGUUAAGAAAAUCGAGUUUUGUGUGCGCGCGGAAUAAGAAGUUAGCAAAUGGACAAAUGAAAAUAGUCGAAAAUCCCGUAGUGUGUAAGAACAUAAAAAACAUAACGUGAGUACACGGAAAUUGUUAAUUCAGUUUGAUUCGAUUCGAUGUAAAAAAUUUGAAGCCAAUUUUAUUUACUAGAUAUACUAUCAAAAACCUUCCUAUGAUUGAGAUUAAAAUAGCAAGUGAUGUGUGUAUUAUUAUCAUAUGUUGUCGGUUAAUAUUAUGUUAAUAUGUGAUAUGUGAUAGAGAUCAAUAGUGAAUGAACUUGCAAUUAAUUUUA